CUCGCGCAGUGCCAUCGUUAGUUGUCAUCUCUAAUGGCAACUGAACAUAGGAAACAUUGAGUGAAAUUUUAACAACACAAAUAGGCUUAGUCGCCUUCCGAAUAGGUCCCCCCAAAUUUUGACGUCCCGACCAAAAUUUCCCGUACCAGAACACCAAUGGAUGCGACUUGGCUUUCAUACUCAAGCAGGGCCAUGGAGCAGCUGCUGGCGGCCGUGGAGCUGAGCCAGAGCCAAAGCGAGGCCACCACGCCCACGGCCACGACCACCAUAUCGAUUUGGAGCUCCCACUCCGAGGGCAGUGGCUCCGAUUCCCUGGACCCCGCCGCCUUCCGGUUCCGGCUGGAUGGUCAGCCCAUACUGCCACCGCUGAUGACGAGCGCCAAGAGACGCGAGCUGCAGAUGGCCCGCCAGAUGGCUGUGAAGCUGGAGGAGCGCUACCGCCUGGCCAGACACUCGGCGGGAUCCGACAUGGCCGGUCGGCGGAGCGUGUCGCAGUUGCAGCAGACGGAGACCGUCAUCUACGACAGCACGCAGAGGCAGGCGCGUCCCCAAUCCCUGGUCCUGGACAUACAGCUGCCCACCAUCCAUGUGGAUCCGCCCACUCCGCAGCCACCGCUGGAGCCGGUGGAGAACUCGUCUCCCCGGCGGCAGAACCGCAUCACGGACCGCAUCCUGCAGUUCGAGCAAACGGGAUUGGGUAAAAUGAGUCCCAAUGGGCAGGAAAACAGAAUCCCACGCUCCAGCACCAGUCCCUUGAUAGCCAAGGGCAAGGAGCAGCCGCAGGAGGUAGGGCAAUCGGAACUGAAAACCCCGCAGCCGGAGCCAGCCGGCAUUCAGCGCUCGAGGAGCUUCACGCUGGAGGAGCCCUCCCAGGUUCUCGUGGAGCACAUGCAGCGGGAAGGCCUGGCGGUCAAGCCCAGCCAGGGCUUGGCCCACUUCCAGAGGCAGACCAUUGAAUCGCAGGCCAAGCGGGUUGGUCGCAGUGCUCGGAGCAACAGCAGCUACACCAGCAACACCAGUCAAGCCAGCCACGGCACCGCCACCACGAACAGCACCACGAAUGCGAACACGACCAGCAGCAGCUGCUCGAGAAGGGACCGCGAGGUGGAGCGGAUAAUAGAGAGGGCGCUGGGCGAGCACGGGCCCCUGGAAGCCAGCCGAAAGGCGGGGGUGCGCAACUAUCUGCGUGGCCAUCGGGAGCGGAUGAACCAGUUGGUCCUCCAUCAGGAGGAGGAGCGUCGUCGCAUGCAGGCCGAGUUCGAUCACCAGCAGCGUCAGCUCAUCGAGCAACUGUGCGCGGAAAUCGAUGUUUCUCCGGGCGCCGAUAAUCCCGAUGGUCUAGUGUCGCAGAGCACCAGUACGGGAGACUUGCCGCGCAGCUCACCCACUCUUACGAUGUCCUCCUUCCUGGACGCCACGCCGCGCAGCUGCCAGGGGGUAGAAGACUUCCUCGCGCUGGAGGACGGCUGCCGAUGGAACGGCCCUUCUUCCGCCCGCAAGAGGCUGUUCAGCCCGAAACUUUCGCUGGGCUACGACUCGGAACCGCAGCCGCUGGGCAACAUCAGUGCGCCCAGCACACCGCGCUCCCUGCCACUCAGGAACAGCAGCCUGACCAACAGCCGGCGGAGCGGGCAAGUCGUCAGGAGGCGUUCGCAAACCGUGGGCAGCAGCCCCAGGAAAUUGAACAGUGCUUCUGGACGCGAGGCUGUCAAAUCGCCAGCGAAGGCGGGCGGAGGAGGACGUCCCAAGAGCUCGGCAGGAAGCGGCAGUUCGUCCCUCUCGAAGAGGGGCAACGUGCCAGCGAGGAGCAACUCACCGCCCAAGCGGCUGAUAAAUAAACGCACCAGCCUCGAGGAGGAGGAGCGCCAGUGGGCGGCCACGCGCAUAAACGCCGCUGUGCGCGGUUUCCUGACCCGCCGCCUUUUUGCCACUGAGCAGGUGCAGCGGAUUGUCCAGACCAUCAGAGACACCCUCAUCUUUGUGCUGAAUCUACACCUGGAGACCUGUGGUCACGGCCGUCAAAAUGCAGAGGAGCCCGCUAAUCUGCGCCUCAAGGCGCGACUGCUUCAACAGCUCUGCUCGGCCAGUCGCACGCUGCACCUGAUAUUCUUCCAGACCAACACAAAGGAGCGCAUGGAGAUCAUAGCCAGGGAUCGCAAGCGGAUCAAGACCAAGCUCCUCCUCAAACAUCGCUGACCCGUUUCGUCUCGGACAUCGUAGGUUAGGCUAAAAAACAUAUAUGUAUUUAUUCCGAUGCGCGAUACAUUCCCUGAUAUAAGCACCGAUAAAAACAUUAACAACUAAAUUAAGUGUUUCUGUUUUAUCUGUUCUCAAAUACUCACCUCACGUCUCAGAUUUUACUUUAUGAAAUAAUUUUUAAUCACCAUCAUUGAGAUCAAAGUUAUAGUGAGCAACAAAAAUAAACAUGAAUUUAAAAAAUCAA